UUCAGCGACGCGUGCGCAUCAUUAUCAGCAUUUCCCCGCCCAAACAUCACAUCUCAGCGGUUAUCAGGCACGUGUAGUCUGUUGGAAUCAGUUGCAGUUAUGUCAGAAAAUACAAUAUCAUCGCUGGACGAUGCUAAAAGGCAACUUCGAGAGAUAAUGGAGAGCCUGAGCAAAUCUCAUCGUGAACAUUUACUGUCAUUUGCGAUUCAAGAAUGGAUGACGAUUAAAAUUGGUGACGACUCAGACGAUGAGUUGAAUGACGAGGAUGAGUAUAUGUUAGAUGAUCCAGUGGCGACUUUGAACAAAAUUGCUAAAGAAAUCCGCCAGAAAGUUCCUUUUGACGCAGUUCUGCCCUCAGAGAAAAUAAAAGUGUCAUCGAGCGGUCCGAACAGCGACUGUCACCCCGACAUCACAACCCAUGUCGAUGGCUUUCUGUACAACGACGACGAGGUCGAUGAUCUGGUAAAGGAAGGCAAAUUGUCUAGCCAUUAUUGCAAAGACUGUGGCUCCAAGAAUAGUGACUCUCUCAUAUACAUAUCCCAUUCUGUCUCUCGUGAGAACUUGUAUCUCAUAUUCAAUACCCUCCUGCCCACCCUGGACGGUAAAAUUGUCCUCGACGUUGGCUCACGACUGGGCGCAGUCUUAUACGGCGCAUACGUCUACACUGACGCAGAUAAGAUAAUCGGUGUGGAAAUGAACAAGGACUUGUGCGAUCUGCAGAACGAGGUCGUGCGGAAACACAAGAUGGAUAAACGCAUUGAGAUUAUCAAUAAGCGGAUAGAAGAUGCUGGGGAUGUGGUGCGGAAGGCUGAUGUCGUGGUGCUGCAUAAUGUUUUUGAGUUUUAUUUAUCUGAAGACGAACAGAGAAAUGUCUGGAAAUUCCUCCAGGAGAACAUCAAAAAGGGGACGUUUGUCAUUUCUAGUCCCUCGAUAGAAGUCUCCCUGUCUAAAUUGGAUACUGGGAUUGAUGUUGCGCGAUGGAUUAAGCGUGUGGAUAGUGAAACUGAGGAUCAAGUCAAUUAUUUCGACUCAAAGGAAGAGAAUGCUGAUGAUUGUCCGGACAUGUUCUGCUAUAAAGUGCUGUAAAUAUCCUAAAAUACAUUUAUUCUUGUUAUCAAGUUCAAAAUAUUCAAAA